CCCAAACUCCCUAUAGGCAGCAUAGAGACGCGCACAUUAACUGUCGUUCCAUCUCCAUCAAAGGCGAUGGAGAGGUUGAGUGUAGCCAUUAGAGAGUUGAAAUGCAGCCCUCUUCCUCUUACCUCUGGCAUUCUUCGACUUCAGCUGGCCAGAAAUUAGGGAUAGAUUCAAUAAGAAUAUAAAAUGUGGAAGAACUGAAACGGAAGAUUAAUGCAAAAAUAUUUCCAUUGUUAAAUCCGUUGGAGGGACUCCGGCUCUGCAAAAAGUAAAGACAAAGGAAAAAGAAAGAAGAAAAUUGAAAUUGGUAAGUGUUGUUUGAAGGUACCGAUCGAGGAGCAAAUCGAAGCAAUCGAGUGGCUCCAUGCUCAACAUGAUAAUCUUCCACGUUGUUUCUUCUCUGGUAGAAGAAGCAGAGCCAAUGGAAACGGUUCCAAUCUCUUGAUGGACAUAGGUAAUGAAAAUGGCGACACCUCUUUUACCAAUAAUCUUGUUGGUGUCGCCGGUGUCGGCUCAGCGGUCUUCUUUCAACAACUUCGUCCUUUCUCAUAUCACGAUUGGAGGUCGAUUAAGAGGUUUCUGUCUUCAGAGUGCCCUUUGAUUCGUGCAUAUGGAGCAAUUCAUUUUGAUGCGACGGCUAAUAUAUCACCUGAAUGGAAGGCGUUUGGUUCAUUUUACUUUAUGGUCCCUCAGGUUGAGUUUGAUGAGCUUGAAGGAAGUUCAAUGCUUGCCAUAACGAUUGCAUGGGACAAUGCCCUUUCAUGGACUUGGGAUGAAGCCAUUCAUUCACUUGAAACCACAAUGCAACAGAUUGCUUCAGUUGUUGUAAAGUUGAAGAAAGAAGCUUCAGGAGAAUCCAUCCUCAGAAAAACUCAUGUUCCCAAUAAGACACAUUGGGAUCUUGCUGUAAAGAAAGCUUUGCAGGAAAUAAACACAAGCAGCUCAGAGCUCGUUAAGGUUGUGCUUGCCCGUAGCAGCAGGAUUUUAACUGCUACAAAUAUCGAUCCUAUAGCUUGGUUGGCUUCUCUGCAGGUUGAAGGAGAAGAUGCAUAUCAGUUUUGUCUUCAGCCACCUAAUGGACCAGCAUUUGUGGGAAAUACACCAGAGCGACUAUUUCACAGAAAAUGGCUAAGCAUUAGUAGUGAGGCACUGGCUGCAACCCGCGCUAGAGGUGAAUCCAGAGCGCUUGAUCUUCAAAUAGAGCAUGAUCUACUUUCCAGUCCCAAGGACCACCUGGAAUUUACUGUAGUACGAGAAAACAUACAAAACAAAUUAGAGUCUGUAUGUGAUAGAGUUGUUGUUGAGCCGAAGAAAACGGUACGAAAACUUCCAAGAAUUCAACAUUUAUAUGCCCAGUUGACUGGUAACCUGAGAAGGGAAGAUGAUGAGUUUGAAAUCUUGUCUUCUCUCCACCCAACUCCAGCAGUUUGUGGACUUCCAAAAGAAGCUGCACGCCUCUUCAUUUCAGAAACUGAAAUGUUUGACCGAGGGAUGUAUGCUGGACCAGUUGGUUGGUUUGGAGGAGGAGAAAGUGAGUUUGCAGUUGGUAUAAGGUCAGCAUUAGUGGAAAAGGAUUCCGGAGCAUUGAUAUACGCCGGAGCCGGGAUAGUAGAAGGCAGCAAUCCCUCGUCAGAAUGGGAUGAACUAGAACUCAAGACAUCUCAGUGCACCAAGUUGCUUCAACUGGAGGUUCCUCGGCAAUCAAAAGUUGAGAAUUUGGAAAUCAUUUAUUAACAGGGUUAGUGAUUUAGGGUAGAAAUAUAUGAUUCAGUACGUCUGGAGAUUUGGUUUCUUUUUGUUUAUCAAUUAACAAGUUUUUAAAAUUUGUGUGAAUAAUUGAAUUAAAGCACUUAAAGUUUGAUUUUCUUUCGUAAUA